GAGUUUAGACGGAUUCCGACGCGAAGUAGAUAAUCAAAACGAAGCUCGCUGCUCGACCACCUCGUCCGGCGCGCGCGCUAGAGCGCACAGCUCGUGCGCAGCAGCGCGCCGAUGCGGCUUAGGUCGGUUGUUCCUCGGUUCACUCAGUAGUUGACUCACUUGACUCAGUCGUGGAAGCUUUCUUGCGGUCGCCGGUUGCGCAGCGCCUCCAUCCGCACGAGCGUGUUCCAAGAUCGCAAACGCAGGUUCAUUCCAGUCGUGUGCGCUGCGUCGCGUUGCGCAUCUCUGACUCCAAUCAGACAAUAUUAACUCAUUUUUAACUUUAAAUAACACCUGUAAAGCAACAAGUGAGAUAGUUUUUUUGUUGCGAAUUCGGCUGUUGUUUUUUUUUUUGUUAUGUGCGGGAGAUAAAUCGUGGUAAUCGCCGCCAGCAGCAGAAGAGCGCGAAGAGGAAGAGGAUAAGCACCAUUACGACACCACCAAUGCAUGUUGCGGCUCGGAUUACGUGUUGAUGGGAGGCCGAAAAUGCACGUCCGCUUCGUCUCGUUCGUCUUCUUCAUCGCGCAAAUCGCAUUCGGAAUUUCUAGUCAAGAUUGUGACUCCGAUGGUGACUGUCUAAAAUGUGGCUCGGUCGGAUGCCUGAAAUGCUCGGAGUUCCUAACUUAUCCAUCUCGGAAGUGCGUCUCGAAGUGCCCGCAUGGAUAUCGGUCACAAUGGAGCAACUACGCGGAUUACAUGGGGAGGAUAUGUGUUCAUCGCGGAAGUUUCAUGGGAUUGUCAAAUGACGCGCUCACUGUGUUGACUGGUGUGCUCAGUGGCACUGCGCUUUGCGUCGUGAUCAUUGCCUGUGGACUCAUCUAUAUGCAAUACAGGCGAAAACAUUUACUCAAUGCUAGUGAACUGGGCAGCGACCUGGACGAUACCCCGGAACGUAAAGAGUUUCUCAAACAAUUGGAGAUUCUUCGGCCGUACGCGCAGACUUUCCUAGAGAUACUCAACGAUUCCCGGAGACAACUUCGAGAGUCACAUCGUGAUGGUGAUCACUCCGCUAUCGCGGUCUAUAGACCUAUAAUACGUGACCUUGCGAAGAUUUUGCUUUUACUGAACCGACCAGUUGAACAGAUCUGUGUUCCUGAAGACUGGGAGCAUCUCUUCGCCUGGGGCGAGAAGACCCUCAAACGAUGCAAAAGAAUGAGUGAAGUAUCCCAGCCGCAAGUCGCACAGCUGAUCAACUUUUUACAAACUCCGAUUGAACCCGAACCGAGGACAGGCACCACGAUGUCUACCUUCAAACCAGAUCAGCCUUUCGGUUCCACAGCCAGUCUGCAACACGCCACGAUUAAAACCUUGGGCGAACCUUAUGAUAAUGGACUGAAUCCGCAGUGGAAGUUUGAUUAUAACAUGAUCAACAGCAAUUCGCAGUUCAAUCCGAUCCUGUGGAAGAGCAGCAAGGAGAGUUUGCAGAACGGCUCGUAUUUCUUGGACGAUGACUGUUGUCAAUUGGGAUUUCGGCCGCAGGAUGAGAUUACGACUGAAUUGUGAUGCGCGCGGGGGGCGAUGUCGUGCUUCCAACUUUUGAUACUCUCGAUCUUUAGCUUGUAAAUAUUUCGAUGUCACUCACAUGUACGAGCAUAACGGAUGUUAUUUUAAUCGAUUUCAUUUAGUAUUAUGUGCUAGUCAAUUUUUCUACCACUAAAUAAUAACUUACUUUUUUCAUUUGUACAUAAAUAUUGUAUUUAUAAACGUAGUUUUAAGUCACAUUGGCGUUGUGUGUAUUAGGAGAAUUUCUAAGUUGUUUUUAUUUUUAAUUUAAGCAAUAAAGCGAGGAUUUUGAUGAUUAA